GGUCUUCUUUGGUACUGGCAAGCCUCUUGAGCUCCACUUGUUCUUACCCUAGCUUUAUUAGUACCCCAUUCUUUUCUCUCUGUUGCUGGUAGGAAGGCAAUGGAGGCGUUUUUGGUGAUGCUGUUGACAGAAGAUAGAGAGCACAGAUGGUGACCUGCAAGCUCUUCUGCAUCUCACUCCUUUGUGCUCUCUAUGCUUCUGUCAUCACCUUCAGCCCCUUGCCAUGUCCACAGCACCAGUAAGCAGCUUGCUAAUAGACUGUUCUAUUGCAUUUGUUUCAGCCCCAGAACUUUUAAGGACAGUCAUCAGAGGCUACCAGAAGCUUAUUAAUUCCAGGUUUAUGAUGCUCAGAUAAUAUCUGUGAGCACCCAAAUGAUGUGCUUUGGCUGCCUCCUGUUCAAGGUUCAUGUGAAUCAUAAGUCCAACAGGAUGAAGGUGACUCAAAGUGUGUGUGUGAAAGAACUGGUAAGGAAUCUGGAGCUGAGCACUUGAAGAAGACAUGACAGUGACCAGGUCUUGGGAAGCAAUUAGAGCUGAUGGUGGAGUGUCCAACUUACAUGAUUCAUUCACUAGGGAUGCACUACCGCUGAACUAGCAAUCAUCUUCAUGACCAUAAAUGUCCCAGGCGUCUUAUUAGCGAGUAUUACAGUGGCUGAGCGGGUAACGGUCGAAUAGCAAUAGGUAGAUAAACGUGUCUGUCAUCGCGUGGUCUUGGGAGGCCUUACAACAUGGUCUGAUGGCGGGUCCCGCUUCUCCUCCAUUAGAAGAAGAGAAGGUAAGUCAGUGGGUAACGUCGGAGAGGUAGAGAAAUGUCUUUCACUGUGUGGGUUUGGCGGGCUAAUGACGGCUCAAGACGCCUAAGAACGAGGUCCGACCGAGCCGGGUUCGAGCCACACUCUACCUCCGCCCUCUUAAACCUAAACGUCAUCACGUCUCAAACCUGCCUAGUGAUUCCAAGGAUUGGUGGGCCCAUGUGGGUCCCUGGCGUUUCUUAUCCAAGAAGGAAAGGUAGCUGAGCGGGUAGGAUAGAGAUCUGGAAAAGGUUUGUUUUUGUUUGGAUCAGCCCUUACCUAAACGAAGAAGGGAGACUGAAGCAUCCCGAGAAGCGCCGACAUCACCCCCAUUUCCGAGCUUGGGCCGACUGUAUCGCUUAAUCACAGCAAGAAUCCGGAGGUACUUGUCUCGUGUUCUGAGGCUUUAAGUCAUUGCUGCUGCAGUCAUAGUCUUUUCUUAAGGAUAUUUAGGUCAAUAUGGCUGAUCAUAAACGUGGGGCAAACUUCAAUGAUGAUGAUCCAAUUACAAAGAGGUCCAAAGGUAUUGAUGUUGACACAGGUGUAGAAAAUAAAAGCGUUAAUGGAGAUUGCAGUGUGUCAGUAAACAAUCAGUCAGUUUCUGAUGAAAUGAACGGCACAAAAGAGAGUAAUUUUGAUGACAAGCUCUCAGACACACCACAUCAGGCUAGCAUGGUAACCUGUAUUGAAGCUGAUGCAGCAGAAGACAAAGGAUCGAGGCACACAAUGGAGGAUGCUUCGGUAGUCCUUUUAGAUGCAAGCUUGGAAUCUCCUGGAAAAUUGAGAUGUGCACAUUUUGCAGUUUAUGAUGGGCAUGGUGGUCGCUUGGCUGCUGAAUAUGCACAGAAGCAUUUACAUGCAAAUGUUCUUGCAGCAGGGUUACCACGUGAGUUGAUGGAUAUCAAGGCAGCCAAAAAGGCUAUCUUUGAAGGUUUUCGGAGGACUGAUGAAUCGUUACUUCAAGAAAGUGCUAAAGGGAACUGGCAAGAUGGUGCAACUGCUGUUUGUGUUUGGGUUUUGGGGGAAAUGGUGUUAGUUGCUAAUAUUGGAGAUGCUAAAGCUGUAUUAGCACGUUCACCUAGUGUGGAGGGGUCACAAACUCUUUCAGAUGAAAGAGGAUCUCCAUUGAAAGCUAUCGUUGUGACGAGGGAACACAAAGCUAUCUAUCCACAAGAACGUGCCCGCAUCCAAAAGGCUGGAGGUUCUGUGGGUUCAAAUGGACGAUUGCAGGGACGGCUAGAGGUUUCUAGAGCAUUUGGGGAUCGCCAAUUUAAAAAGUUUGGAGUUAUUUCAUCCCCUGAUGUUCAUUCUUUUGAGCUUACAGAAAGAGAGCACUUCAUGAUCCUUGGUUGUGAUGGCUUGUGGGGGGUUUUUGGGCCUAGUGAUGCUGUUGAUUUCGUUCAAAAGCAGUUAAAGGAGACAUCAUCUGCUACUACUGCUGCCCGUCGCCUCGUGAGGGAAGCCAUUCGUGAAAGACGCUGCAAGGAUAACUGCACGGCCAUAGUCAUCAUGUUCAAGCAUGAGCGUCAUUCAUGAAUACAUACAUCCAUUUGAUGGCUGAAUAUUGUGAACACUCCCCAUUGUACUGUUCAUUUUUAUGUUCUUGUCCUGGGGAUUUGUAGCCUUCAUGAGGCUCUAUAGUGGCAUGCACUGUGUCUGAGCUAUCACAUGCCCUCCUGUAUUCCAGAAUGAUAGUUGGAAAAUUGAUAUACCCAAAAUCAGAAUGUAUUACCUCAAGCAUCCAUCUUUCAUGAUGACAUUGUUGACAAGCUCCUUCAAUUUGUCUACACAAAAUGCUCUGAAACAUCUCCUCUUUUGAUGUAUAUGACAAAGGGUCUUUUUGUUCACCA